UAAUGCUUCACUGUGAUUGCCAGGCGUGAGAGCUGACUAAUGCUGUUCUUGAAAUGUUGCGCAGUUUACGCGUGUUUGGGAAAGUGCAGGGAUAUUUGAUCCUGUUUACUGACACAAAUCUAGUCCGGGGUUUUAGGGUACAAGAGUUAGAUUGGCUCUUGACCAAGAUGCUGGGUGGGACUCACUGUUGAAUUGGACGUUUGUAAAAGCUCCACACUCCUUCCUGUUUGGUUGCUAUGGAGCAACCGCUGGGGGACUCUGAUGAUUUAGAGCCACAGGACCUCUCCUCCACCCACAGCCUUCCCGCUGUGAUGGACCUGACCAGAAAAGGUGAGGAAUGCCUCUUGAAAGCCAACUCCAUGGACGUCCUACAGGUGGUCAAGCCUCCCAGCUGGUACCCAAACUUCCCUGAGACUGACCACGACCACAGGCUUCAACCAGUAGACCAGAUCCAGCCAGACAAUGCCUUCUCCAACACUACAGUCACUCUCUCAUAUGUGAGCCGGUCUCAUGUGUUCUCCCAGCAGCAUCCCUCUCUCUCCCAGCAGCAUCCCUCUCUCUCCCAGCAGCAUCCCUCUCUCUCCCAGCAGCAUCCCUCUCUCUCCCAGCAGCAUCCCUCUCUCUCCCAGCAGCAUCCCUCUCUCUCCCAGCAGCAUCCCUCUCUCUCCCAGCAGCAUCCCUCUCUCUCCCAGCAGCAUCCCUCUCUCUCCCAGCAGCAUCCCUCUCUCUCCCAGCAGCAUUCCUCUCUCUCCCACCAUCCCUCUCUCUACGGUGUCCCGUCGAUCAGCAGGUUCUCAACAAUGGAUGGCUACCUGCAGCAGGUGGAUAGGCCUCUGGGCUUCGCACCUCGGUCGGAAAUGUUUGACUCUAUCCCUCCAGCCCAGGUGGUGGGUGAGAAUGUCGCAGGGGUGUGUCUGAUGCAGCAGUCUCAUGAAAUCAAUGGCCAUCGAGUUGCCAGUAACGGAGGAGUGGAGAAAUACAAGCCUCAACAGAGAGGGAGUUCAAUUAAACACACUCUUUCUCAGGACCCAGUCAACAAAGGAUUGCAGAAUGGCCAGGGUAGUAGCAGCUGGUCCAACUCUGCCAUCUGUAUCGAUUCCUCCCCAGAGUCUCUCACUACAGACAUGGAGGAUGGUCAGAGGGCUUCAGAGGUUCUCUUUCUCAUCUCUAGAACAGAGGAGCCAGUCCUGAUGCAGGACAGCAGGAGUCCCAGGGACCUGUGUUCUCCGAAUAGGGACUAUAUCAGUCCUCUGGAGGACCCGGUCUCUCCCUCUGUCUCACUGGACGACGUAGAGGAUGGGCUCAUUCUGCCUCAGCCCUCCUGCUCACCCUGUGCAUACAAUUAUUCACCAGACGACACGGCUGAUACCUGCUGGGAUGAGCUGGGGAAAGGAGGACCUGGGCUGUCUGCAGUACAGGGGACAAGGGCUAAUGGUGAGAAUACACCAAGGUUAGAUUACAGCAAGGACUUCCAGCAGCCAGGACAUAAACCCAAGACAGCUUCGGAGCCUAUUGUUGAUUUGACAGAAGACGAGAGCACUGUGCCAGAGGUUUCAGAAAAGAAACCCAAGCAGACAGCUGCUACUCACCUGAAUGGUAAUGUCAAGGUAGAGCAGAGGACUUCUGAGAGGAAACAACUUCCCCCUCGCUCUGGCAGGGGAACCAGGCUAGAGGCCAUAGUGAUGAAUAUAAACCCUAACUGGUAUAAAGUAUCUACUAAGAAGCCCAAGUCUCAGACGAAUCCCCUGACCCAGAGCAGUCCAUCUAAAGCCGGUGUUAGUCCUAACGAACAGACCUCAUUUGUAGUGAAGAAGAAGGUCCAGAAUAAAGCAGAGUCUAGCUGUGAGGAAGAGACUAAAGUACAGGCGGCAGCCUCACUGACCGGUCAUAUGGAUAACAUUUACACAAACACAGGCCGUUGCAUAGAGUCUACCUCAGAUCCGGAACAUGCCCGUUUUUCGAAAUACCCACACAACCACCGCACAUCUCCGAUAACCUCCAGUCUGCCCUUUGCUCCAGACAAAGAUUUAGAGAAGGAGUCGGAACACAGAGAGUCAGGUCCCGAGCCCUCCUCUGAGGUGAAUUUACUGACUGUAUCGCCGUCACUUAAAACAUCUCCAAAGAAACCCGGGAAGCAUAAAGCUGAAACUACAAGCAGCGAAGCAGCUGCUCCCACAGCCAAAACAAGGAAGGUGACCCCUGCUCCCAAGAAGAAAAGGAAGAAACCCAGACUGGAUCAGUCCUCAAUAUUCUCCCCUCGGGAGCCUGAGAUCAAACUGAAAUACAUCAACUACAAGGAGGAGAAGAGGGACAUGAGGGUGGACACGUUCUCUCCUUUCAUCCACAUAGAGCAUAAGCCCUCCUCCACCUCCCCCGCCAACUGUACUGUCAUCAACUACCCAGAGGAGGAGAAGCCCAGGCAGAAUGGCCAGGGGCAACAGCAGGCUGGAAGUUCAUUAUCCAGGGGUUUCAUCCCAGGGGCUGUACCCUCCACUUCCUGCCUCCAGCUGGGCCGUAUCUCCACCCACAGCCAAUACCACAGCUCCCUGGUCUGCUGCCUGUGUGGAGGCUCGGCUAACGCCAUGGACCUUGGGGACCUCCACGGGCCAUACUACCCUGAGGGAUACAGACCCAGCACUGAAGCCCCAGCUAGCAAACCAGGCCUCAAAGAAGAGGAGGAUCUCAGUGACUCUGACUCAUCCUGCAGCGUGAGAGGCCGGGGUAGAAAGUGUGCAAUGGUCCCCUGGCCCCACAAACCUGACCCCCGGCUGAAACGGGAGGGCCUGCUGGGGCGGUGGACCAGUGACAGCGACCCCUCAGGCAGCCCUGGAGCUAAGAGGGUCAGGAUUGAGGUUGGGCCUUCGGUAACAUCUGGGUCCAGGGCUGCAGUGGAUGACUGGUAUGUUCCCCCGGUGGUGCCUCUGGACCAAUGUGAGUACUGGCUCCACGAGGACUGCAGCAUCUGGUCUGCAGGUGUGUUCCUGGUGAAGGGAAGGGUCUACGGCCUGGAAGAGGCAGUCAAGGUGGCUCAGAAGACGACGUGUUCUCGAUGCCAUAACCCAGGUGCCACGUUGGGCUGCUUCAUCAAAGGAUGCCCCAACAAGUAUCACUACAGGUGUUCCCUACAGUCAGACUGUGUCCUCAAUGAAGAGAACUUCUCCAUGAAAUGCACCAAACACAAGAACAAGUCGUUCCAAGGCCUUCCUGGGAGCAGAAGAGACAACCGGUGACACAACCAGAAGACAGACUUGAUUACACAUGGCUAGUUGUUCUCUUUCACAUUUAUACAUGACAACACCAUCUCUUUUCUGGUUGUUGUCCCCUUUAUUUCAGCGUUACUGGCCUGCGUGUGAGUCACACAUCUGUUAGUGUUUUUACAUAUUCUAACAGUCUUCUUUGAUCACAAUGAUGGUAAUAGGAUAUUUCUGUUUUAUAUCCAAAUUGCUAAAUGUUAUGUCUUUGUUUGAAAACAAUAGGUAUAUAUUUUUUCUUCCAUCCUGUGGCGUUACGAGGGGGUUUCUCCUGUGAACCCGGUAACUGUGGCAACGCUGUAACUGUCCUCUGGAUUGACAGCUGGGCUGGGGCCGGAAUGCAAAACACCCACAAACCUUAAACUGGCUUUCUGCACCUCUGCUACCUUUCCUGUUAUCUUCGCCACAUAAAGCACUGCGAAGACUAAGCAGGAGACCAAGGCUGUCCUAAUGUUCUGCCGCCUCUCCUGGUUCUGGACUGACUGCCAGCGGUGGGUUGUAGAUGGGCCAAUGACUGAACAGAAGAGUUGGGAGCAGGGCCCAAUGCCACCAUUUGAUUGAAGAUAGCACGUGUUUAGCUUAUAGCUUAUGGCUAAACACGUGCUAUCGCUUUAAUUAUUUAUUAGGAAAAAGGAUUCUCCCUUUUUUUAAAAAUUGAAAUGUUGGAGAUAUUUAAUUUUAUAAAGCUUUUUAAAGUAUGUAAUUUAUAUUUUGGCUUAUUUAUUUUGGGGAUCUUGUGGCUUUAGUUUUUUACUUUGCCAUUGACUCAGAGGUGUGUUUGUAGACUGCACUUGGUAGAGGAGCUGGUGGUUGUAUAGUGGAGGUGUGUUUGUAGACUGCACUUGGUAGAGGAGCUGGUGGUCGUAUAGUGGAGGUGUGUUUGUAGACUGCACUUGGUAGAGGAGCUGGUGGUCGUAUAGUGGAGGUGUGUUUGUAGACUGCAUUUGGUAGAGGAGCUGGUGGUCGUAUAGCGGAGGUGUGUUUCUAUGCAUCGAAGUUAUGAGUGAGAACCUCAACACUGAAGACUGCACUUGGUAGAGGAGCUGGUGGUCGUAUAGCAGUGGUGUGGAGACUGGUGCAGAAUGGUUUAUCGACAGAACCAUAUCUGAUUACAAUACAGGUACCUGAGAUCUAUUCAUAAAGACCAUACUUUACUACAUGGGAUGAAAAAUAAUGCCAGAUUCAUCUGAUUUUAGUUCUGAGGGUGUGACGAGCCAUUUCAACUGAUUCUACUUGCCCUUUUUCUUUCUCAUUUGAUGGUGAUAUUAAUCAUUGAGGGUUAACUGUUUCUUACCUGUAUCGUAUAUUCAUUUUGUGAAUGUACUUCCUCUACUGAGGGAUGUUGCUGAAAGCACUUUGGAGUGGCACUUUAAUGUACGGAACUGUUAAAUCAUAUAAAGUUAAGGCAUGUAUGCAUAACCCUCACCAAAGUGGACUCACCCUGGCCUGUAGCAUCUAAUCCACGACUCGCCCCCACAUACAGUGCAUUCAGGAAGUAUUCAGACCCCUUGACUUUUUUUUCCACAUUUUGUUACAUUAUUCAAAAAUUGAUUCCCCCAAAACAUCCCCCUCACCAAUCUACACACAAUACCCCGUAAUGACAAAGCAAAAACAGGUGUUUAGACAUUUUUACGAAUGUAUUAAAAAUGAACUGAAAUGUUACAUUUCCCCACAUCGUGAUGCUACCCCCAUUCUUCACCAUAGGGAUUGUGCCAGGUUUCCUCCAGACGUGACACUUGGCAUUCAGGCCAAAUAGUUAAAUCUUGGUUUCAUCAGACCAGAGAAUCUUGUUUCUCAUGGUCUGAGUUUUUAGGUGCCUUUUGGUAAACUCCCAAGCGGGCUGUCAUGUGCUUUUUUUACUGAGGAGUGGCUUCCAUCUGGCCACUCUACCAUAAAGGCCUAAUUGGUGGAGUGCUGCAGAGAUGGUUGUCCUUCUGGAUGGCCCUCCCAUCUCUACAGAGGAACUCUGGAGCUCUGUCAGUGACCAUCAGGUUUUUGGUCACCUCCCUGACCCAAGGCCCUUCUCCCCUGAUUGCUCAGUUUGGCCAGGUGGCCAGCUCUAGGAAGAGUCUUGGUGGUUCCAAACUUCUUCCAUUUAAGAAUGAUGGAGGCCACUGUGUUCUUGGGGACAUUCAGUGCUGCAGACAUUUUUUUGGUACCUUUACCCAGAUCUGUACCUCGACACAAUCCUGUCUCGGCGCGCCUUUCCAAAUCAUAUCCAAUCAAUUGAAUUUACCACAGGUGGAUUCCAAUCAAGUUGUAGAAACAUCUCAAGGAUGAUCAAUGGAAACAGGAUGCACACGGGCAAAAUUGGGUCUCAUAGCAAAGGGUUUGAAUACGUAUGUAAAAAAGGUAUUUCUGUUUUUAAUUUUUAAUACGUUUGUAAACAUUUCUAAAAACCUGUUUCUUUGUCAUAAUGGGUUAUUGUGUGUCGAUUGGGAAUUAUUUAUGACGUUUUAGAAUAAGGCUGUCAUGUGGAUAAAUUCAAGGGGUCUGAAUACUUUCUGAAUGCACUGUUAUCGUUAGUAUCAUCAGUACAGAGAACUUGUUUGUUUCAUUGACACCAUGGCUUUAUCGAUCUCGCUGGUGCAGCUGUCAGAGACUAAAGUGAUUGGUCCACACAUCUUCAUUACCAGUCAUGUGCUCUGAACUUUCCUCGGCUGUUUUUACUGGGACUCAUUUUACAUUUUAGUUUAUUUUCUUGAAUUACAUUUACAAAGAUGGUAGUUCAAGCCAACACUUCCAUUACCCACAAUACCUUACACAUGCAUCAUAUGUUUAAACAAUGGCACUUUUUUUAUUUUGUUUUUAUGUACAUCAAUUGAUGUAAACUGACUUGAUUUUAGAUCAGCUCUACGUCUGUAGAAUUCCACUAAGUAUAGACCCGUAGCGCUACAGUCGGUCUCUAGUUUCUAACUGUCUACCACAUGUUUGGGUUUACAUGAUCCUUUACCGGGUAGCAGUUGAUUUUGGUUAGCAUGGUCGUGUUCUUCCUUCUCCUUUUCAUCUGUCUGGCUGAACUCCUCUCUCUUUCUCUUCUAAACUACUGUCUUUCUCCUCACCAGCUUUGGUGCAGGGACAAAUCAGUCAGUGUUCAUGAUGUUGUCUUCUGUUGCAUCAACACAACUAACCAGGGCAGCUACCCUGCGCCUUCUGCUGUAGAUGUCAACAGCAGGUCUGAUAGACCUGUACAUUUAAGAGAUGUCACUGUGGUCGUCGUCUCUGUUUGUGCUUUUCCGUUGUGGCAAUAGGGGCAUUGUGUUUCUGUCCGAGUCCUGUGAAGUCAGUCUGUCUGUACAGGGAGCCCAGAACAGCAGUGAUGAUGAAUUUUAAAGCAGGCCUACUCCCUGGGAGAGGAUUCCCUACACAGCAGGAGAUGUGUGGGUGUGUUCCAAUAUCCACACUUAUAUAGCACCUAGAAUAAAGCAAUGUAUUGGGUAUGUGUUCUAAGUGGUAUUCUAGUAUAGCUACACAUCAGAAACUAUUCUACCUAGCAACACGGCUGUCUUUUUUUUUCUCUCUCUCUGUUUUUGUUCUCUGUGCUGCAGGGAAACAGAUUUGUAUCCAAUACUGAGCUAAAUGAUCGCCAGCCACUUUCCUUAAUUGCUGAUGUUGCUGCUUUUAAUCAAACCGAUGCGUUGUACCAAAUAUGACUUUUGGACUAUCAUUUCCAUGGUUGUGAAAUGUGUUUUUGGUUUGUAAUGUUAUAAUGUGUCCGUGUCUAAAUCUCAGGGCUGAGUCUCUCUAAUUAUUCUAAUGAUAUUAUUUAUCACAUAUUGACUAACUGGAGCAAUGUUAAUAUUGAGUUGCACCCCCCACCCCUAUGUUGACUCCAUUGUGCCCCACUGUUGUGUCAAGUCAAGUUGACUGGAUGUCCUUUGGCUGGUGGACCAUUAAUGAUAAACGGGAAACUGUUGUGUGGAAAAACCAGUGGCGUUGCAGUUCUUGACACAAACCCGGUGCACCUACUACCACACCCCCGUUCAAAGGCACUUCAAUCUUGCCUCUUGCCCAGUCACCCUCUGAAUUGCUCACAAACACAAUUCAUGUCUCUAUAUUGUCUCGAGGCUUAAAAAUACUUUAACCGGUCUCCUCCCCUUCAUCUACACUGAUUUGAAGUGGAUUUAACACACUGACAUGUAAGGGAUCAUAGCUUUCACCUGGAUUUACCUGGUCAUUCUGUCAAGGAAAGAGCAGGUGUUCUUAAUGUUUUGUGUGCUCGGUGUACAGUACUGGUUAAAAACCUUUUCCCUCGCAGUUCCAAUGCCUUUAUCUGUGUUGUCAACCAAAACACCACUGACUGACGUUUUGACAAGGACUGCCAACGCGAAUGUCACUUCUCAUCUCUCCUUUUAUUUUACGGCAACAAUACAGAUGCUAUUUUGUACUUUGUGGCUUACCUCAGCGUAACAGAGGUAAAUGUAACUUAAAUAAAUAUUUUGUAAAAAACCCUC